UGUAAUUUCUCUAUAAGACUUGUUAAAUUAUAUAGGUGCACAAUUCAAACCAGAAAGCUUGGCAUUUUUUAAGCUUUUCAGGUGCACAAUUCAAACCAGAAAGCUUGGCACUUUUGAAGCUUUUUAUCAGUCAAUCUUUCUCAGUAUGGCAAUCAGCUUAAGUUUCCUCUUCGGUCUCUUAGGCAACAUAACCACCGGCCUGGUUUAUCUUUCUCCUGCGAAAACGUUUUGGCAUAUAGUGGAGAGAAGAUCAACCGAGCUGUUUGAGAGUCUUCCAUACGUAUGCAAAUUGUUAAACGCAUACUGUUGGGUUUGGUAUGGAAUUGUGAAGCCUAACAGUGUGCUUGUGGCCACUGUUAAUGGAUUUGGAGGCGUCUUGGAGAUCAUUUACGUCACCAUAUUUCUAAUAUUUGCUCCUCCAAGAAUGAGGAUUCAAACUGCCAUACUUGCCGGGGUUUUAGAUGUGGCGUUUCCUGCUGCUGCAGUGUUAAUUACUCAACUGGAAUUCGACAGAGAAGUGCAAAUCAAGGUUUCAGGGUUCUUGUCCUUGGUCUUCAGCUUGGUCACUUACGGCUCACCUCUUUCAGUCAUGAAAACAGUGGUGACCACUAAGAGUGUGGAGUACAUGCCUUUCCUUCUGUCCUUUAUCCUCUUCAUUAAUGGAACCGUAUGGACUAUCUAUGCUGUGAUUACGAAAGAUCUUUUUAUUGGAAUCCCAAAUGGAACUGGAUUUGUUCUUGGCACAGCGCAAUUGGUGCUCUAUGCAAUAUAUUGGAAACCGAAGUCAUCCAAGAGAAAUUCACGCAACGAUUUGGAAGAUGGACGUCAACAGGAACCUCUCAUCUCCACUGACAACCCAGCUACAAAGCAUCAAGACGAAGAGUGAAAGCCACUAAAACUAAGAAUCGGUCAAGUUUAUAGGGUUAAUUUCAUCUUUCUCCAAGAGUGAAACCCUGACUUUACAAUUUUACAUCUUUUUUUAUGUGUUGAUUUUCGCCUUGUAUUGUCCACUCAUGUCAUGCACUCAUAUGAAGAUAUGUAUCUUUUAUUUAGGGAUAAUAAUUGAAGUGAGAAUUUGGCUGUCAA